GAGGUGGAUGCCUUGCUGAGCGAAAACGAAAUGCUUCAGGGGAAACUGCACAGCCAGGAAGACGACUUCAGGCUACAGAACAGCACCCUGAUGCAGGAGCUCUCCAAGCUGUGCUCCCAGAUCGAGCAGCUGGAGACGGAGAACAAACGCCUGCGGGAAGGGGAGGCCGCGGCCACAGACGGAGGAGGAGCCCCCACCAGCCCCGUGGACGGGGAGCUGCUGAGGCUGCAGGCGGAGAAUUCAGCGCUGCAGAAGAACAUGGCAGCUCUACAGGAACGCUACGAGAAGGAGGUGGCCCAGCAGGCGGACAGCCGAGGGCCCGCGAGGGGGGACACCUCCGCAGAAGCCCCCCCCGCAGGGCAAGAGGGUCCGGAGCCCCGGGCAUCCGAGAGCGGCGCCUCCCAGGCCCAGCAGCUGCUGUCGGAGGUGGAGCUGAAGUGGCAGACGGAGCAGGAGGAGAAGAGGCUGCUGAAGGAGCAGCUGCAGAGCCUGGAG